CGCCAAUCACUGCAAGCAGCAAGACACCCGCGGCGCGGCACCAUACUCAUUUUAAGCACCCCUCUAUCGCCGGCGCGUCUCUUCGCCUGCAGAUGGUCAGAGACUGAACUUGCAUCAUCAUCAACAUUCUAAGGUAUCCCGUUGGUGAUCCCUCUUUUCGCAACUAACCUUCCCAUCGGCCUGCAACAGGCGGAGGAUUGGCACGAGCAGGAACAAGCGCAUCCCAUUUUCUUUUUCCUCGCAGAUCGCUCGGGCACCAUGGCGAGCUUCAUGGCCAAUCUAUUCCCUGGCGGGAAGCAGGAUAAGACCGACGUGCGCCCCUCCACUCCAGCUCGACACAACUUCAUCACCCCUGCCACCACUCCACAAGGCAGCCCCAGCAAGAAGACAGUCCCUCCCGGCGCCAAUGAGCUCCCUGUCGCUUUCCAGGGCAUGAACCUGAAACCGCCCAGUGCGUUCGACACUCCGGUAAAGCUUAGCAGGCCACAGAGCGUGGUCGCGCCGUUAUCGCCCGGCAAGAGCAACCUCAAGAAUUUCGAGGAGGGCCCCGCGACGGUGGACGACAGCAUUCUUCGCAAGGGGGCUGCGCGUACCGGCAGCCCAGUGAGGAAUCAGGGCCAGGAAAACACUCCACCAACGCUUCCGAGGGACCCAUUCACCGAGCCGACUUACCAACCCAGCCAUGCCGCCAUUUCGCGCCAAGAGUUGUAUCAACCUAGGGAGCGGCCGUCGCCAACGGUCAAGCGAUUCAACACGACGCGAGGCCUCAGCGCGGAAGAACGUGAGCUACUGCAGAAGCCCAACGUCAAGCGGCUGGUCAAUGUUACCCAACUCUAUUUCCUGGAUUACUACUUUGAUCUCCUUACCUAUGUUGGGGCAAGGCAAAAUCGUCUCAGUGCCUUCAAGGCGGAGUAUCCACCGCCUCCCGAGACGGACGAGGAGACAUAUAAUCAGAUGUGGUCAAAGUACACCGGCCGAGAGCGCGCCAAUCUCCGCAAGAGGCGGGUGAGGCUGCGGCACGCCGAUUUCCAGAUCCUCACGCAGGUCGGCCAAGGCGGCUACGGCCAGGUCUUCCUAGCCCAGAAAAAGGAUACCAAGGAGGUGUGCGCGUUGAAGGUCAUGAGCAAGAAGCUGCUGUUCAAGCUUGACGAAGUUCGGCACGUCUUGACGGAACGAGACAUCCUGACGACGGCCAAGAGCGAGUGGCUGGUCCGCCUGCUGUACUCAUUCCAGGACGACAAGAAUAUCUAUCUUGCCAUGGAGUAUGUACCGGGAGGUGACUUCCGCACUCUGCUCAACAACACCGGCGUGCUGUCCAAUCGGCACGCGCGCUUCUACAUCGCCGAGAUGUUCUGCGCCGUCGACGCUCUCCAUCAGCUUGGCUACAUUCAUCGUGACCUCAAGCCCGAAAAUUUCCUGGUUGACUCAACCGGCCACGUCAAGCUCACCGACUUUGGCCUGGCGGCUGGAUUCCUGGCUCCCGCUAAGAUUGAGUCGAUGAGGAUCCGCCUGGAGAAAGCGUCCGAGACAACGGUGCCAUUCGGCAAGCCGAUGGAUCAGCGGACGGUUGCGGAACGCCGAGAGGGAUACCGCACCAUGCGGGAGAAGGACGUAAACUACGCUAAGUCGAUUGUGGGUUCGCCGGACUACAUGGCCCCGGAGGUGCUGAGGGGCGAGGAGUACGAUUACACGGUUGAUUACUGGAGUCUCGGCUGCAUGCUCUUCGAGGCCCUGACGGGUUUCCCUCCGUUUGCAGGAGCAACCCCGGAUGAGACAUGGAGGAACCUGAACCAUUGGCGGGACGUUCUGAAGCGGCCCGUGUGGGAAGACCCGAGCUACUUCCUCAGCAACCGAACUUGGAACUUCAUCACAACUUGUAUCAACUCGAGGUCUAGGAGAUUCUCGAACAUCAAGGAUAUCUACAACCAUCAGUAUUUUGCCGAGGUGGAUUGGGCAGUGCUGCGGGAGACCAAGCCCCCGUUUGUCCCCGAGCUGGACUCGGAGACGGACGCGGGCUACUUCGACGACUUCAGCAACGAGGCGGACAUGGCCAAGUAUAAGGAAGUGCACGAGAAGCAGCAGGCGCUCGAGAGCAUGGCCGAGCGUGAGGACGAGAUGAGCAAGAGCCUGUUUGUUGGGUUUACCUUCCGUCACCGGAAACCGGCUACCGAUGAAGGCACCCCGCGCAAGCCGAUUCCAUUCGAGGGCGACGCCUUCGGUACUAUGCUGUAGGGCCAGCAGCGGCCGCCCAGGAACAUCUACCCGCGAUCUAGUGGUACGUGGUGGACUGGGAAGUCGUAUACCGAAGGAUGUGUCAGGUGUUUUAGCUUGGUAUGAUGGUGG